GUACUUUGCAUAUCUUUACACAAAACAAACUACAACACUUUCCCACUAUAAGAAGCAAAACCAUCAAAAAUGGCUUCAAGAGCUUUGGCAACCACAGCUUUUCUCCUUACGAUCAACCUUCUUUUCUUCACUCUCGUAUCUUCCACUAGUACCCCAAAAGGCUGCCCACCUCCACCAAAACCUCCAACAUCACCAGGAUGCCAUUGUACAUCACCACCAAAACCUCCAACACCCACAAAACCUUCAACACCUCCAAAACCCACAAAACCUUCAACACCUCCAAAACCUUCAACACCUCCAACCCCUCCUAAAGCCACUUGCCCAAUAGACACUCUCAAAUUGGGUGUGUGUGGUAACGUGCUCAACAACCUUCUCCCCAUAGUCAUCGGAAACCCAUCCGAGACACCAUGUUGUUCCCUUCUUUCCGACAUUGCAGAUCUUGACGCUGCAGUCUGUCUUUGCACUGCCAUCAAAGCUAAUGUUUUGGGAAUCAACCUCAAUGUUCCUAUCUCAUUAAGCGUGUUGCUUAACUACUGUGAAAGGAAGUCCCCAUCCGGCUUCCAAUGCACCUAGAUUUUGAAAGCUUAUAACUAUAGAUUGUUGUAUUUUGGAAUAUGUUUUCUUAUGUUUAAUACGAUGUAAAGAAUCAAUUACGAUAUGAUUCCAGAAUAAAGUUGUGUACUAUAUUUUGAAA